AUGAUCUGGGUAUGCUGUGAAUCUAUGUUUAUAUUCUGGGUAUUCUACAAUUUGCUUCUGGAUUCGGCAAAGCAAGGAAGCAAGGAAGCAACGAAGCAACGAAGCAUUCCAAUUUCCAAGAUUGCAGAUACCUCUAAUAUAUCCAAGACUGCUGAUAAAGUAUUUAAGAUGUUGGAUGCUAUUGUGGAGAGGAUUGGAGAGGAAAAUAUGGUGCAAGUAGUCACUGACAAUGCUGCAAAUUAUAAGGCAGCAGGGCAAUUAUUGAUGGGAAAAAGAAAAAGAUUGUUUUGGACACCAUGUGCUGCCCAUUGUAUUGACUUGAUAUUGGAAGAUUUUGAGAAGAAACUAGAGGUCCAUAAAGUAACUAUUGCUAAUGGGAGGAGAAUCACCUCAUACAUAUAUUCAAGAACUAUUCUCAUUUCCAUGCUCAGACACUUUACAAAAGGAAAGGAUUUGAUUAGGCCUGCUACCACUAGAUUUGCUACUGCAUACUUAACUCUUGGAUGUUUGAGUGAUUGUAAGAUACAGUUGAUGACAAUGUUUACUUCCAUCCAAUGGAGGUCAUAUAGGUUUUCAAAAACAGAAGAAGGGAAGCGAAUUCAAAGUUGUGUUUUGGACAGCAAGUUUUGGCAUGAUGUUACUACAUGUAUUAAGGCAGCAUAUCCUCUGAUAAAAGUUCUUCGAUUAGUUGAUUCAGAUGAGAAACCAGCUAUGGGUUUUAUAUAUGAAGCAAUGGAUCAAGCAAAAGAGAAGAUACAAGUGAAUUUUGGUUCUGUGAAAAAAAGUUAUAUGCCUACAUGGAAUAUCAUUGAUGCAAGAUGGGAACUUCAACUUCACAGACCUUUACAUGAUGCAAGUGGGUUGUUCGGUAUUGAGGCUGCCAAGAUAACAAGGGAUAAAAAGACUCCAGCUAAAUGGUGGGAUUCUUAUGGGGAUGAAUGUCCAGAGCUACAAAAAUUUGCAAUUCGAGUUCUAAGCUUGACUUGUAGUUCAUCUGGAUGCGAGCGAAACUGGAGUGCAUUUGAGAUGGUUCAUACAAAACGAAGAAAUCGUUUGCACCAGAAAAAAAUGAAUGACUUGGUAUUUGUAUUGUGCAAUCUGAAAUUAAAUGAUAACCAAGUCAAAAAGCAAGCUAAUGAUUGUGGUGAAGUUUUUGAUCAUCUCUCAUCUGAUGAUGAUUGGAUAACUGAGGGAGAGAAACAUGAUGGUUCAUCCAACUUUGAUUUGCUUGGUGUCAUUGAUAAUGCAACACGAAGGAAAAACGGUAAAGAAGAUGAAAGUGAUGAUGAAGAAAAUCUUAAUGAUGUUGGGAUGGAGUGUCAUGGAACUGAAGAUGAUUUAGAGAUUCAGAAUGAUGUUAAUCCAGAUAAUUCAAGGAGCUUGGCGUUAAAUAUUGUUGACAAUAUUGGUGUUGGUCCUGGUACUAGUAGUAGCACUAAUGUUCCUAAUAUCGGUGCUGGUACUAGUAGUAGCAGUAAUAAUCCUUUAGAUGGUAAUGAUUUUGAUGACUGUUUUAGGAAUAAUGAGGGAGACAAAGGCAAUGAGAGUAUGUUUAGUUUACAUGACACACCUACAAACUGUUUGUUUUAA